ACAGGAAAACUGUACAGGCGGACGAUGUAGGUUGAGUUUCAGCCGCUGAACUACGUCCAAGCCAAUUUCGGGAAACCGCUUAUCUGGGAUAAACGUCAAGGGCGCGUUUUAAAAUAAGGCGCACUUGCUAUAUUUCAGCGGAACACUUCAAUAGCUGGUUAAGCAGCUAGCCUACAGACAUGAAUCUGAAGAACAAAGAGACGACGUCGGGGGAUGUACUACCAGUUGUCAUCAUCGGUAAUGGACCCUCAGGAAUUUGCUUGUCCUAUUUGCUGUCAGGAAACACUCCUUACCUGUGUCCGGAUGGCACACACCCAAAUCCCAUUCUUCACAGUAAGCUGUCUGAGAAUCCCCAUCUCUCCUUGUUUGAGCAGGACCUUGAGUACCUGUGUGAGGGUGUUGAAGGCCGCUCCUCUAACCCAGUGGCAGUGCUCUUUGACUCCCUGCUUCUCCCAGACAGUGACUUUGGCCUGGACUGUGCUUCGCCGUUAAUUUGGCGGUACGAACAGGAGAGGGCUAUUCCUCACCUGGUUCUGGGCAAAGGACCUCCGGGCGGAGCCUGGCAUGCCAUGGAGGGCUCCAUGUUAACCCUCAGCCUGGCUAACUGGAUGGAACUUCCUGGUCUGAAGCUGAAGGAUUGGAUGAGAGACAAACGCAGGAACGUGCGUAAUGACCGGGCCACGCCUGCUGAGAUAGCAUCCUACUAUCAGCAUUAUGUCCAGGAGAUGAGCCUCGAGUCAAACUUCGCCUGUGGAACCACUGUCACGUCGGUCCAGCGCGUGGCUGGCCCCAGUGGCUGCUCACUUUGGAGGAUCCAGGGCCUGCAGUGGGGAGAGGAAGGCAACAGUGGAGAUGGAGGGAGUGAGAGAGGCCCGGAUGUUCCCUUCACCAUUCAUACUGAAAAUGUUGUACUGGCCACUGGCACCCACGACGUGCCCGCCCGCCUGGGCGUGGAGGGCGAGGACCUCCCAUUUGUCUGUCACAGUUUCUGGGAACUGGAGUCGGCCAUCUCCGCUGGGCGACUGGACCAGGCCUCGGAGCCUGUGCUGGUGGUAGGGGCGGGGCUAACUGCGGCAGACGCCGUGCUAGCCACUCACCAUCUCAAUACGCCCGUGUACCACGUCUUCCGCCGUGCAGUGACAGACCCAGGGCUCAUCUUCAACCAGCUGCCCAAGCUCCUCUACCCUGAGUACCACAAAGUCCACCAGAUGAUGACCCAGCAGCAGUACCAGCCCAGCCAUACCAACUCAGAGGGGCCGUCCUCCAGGGUCCUCUCCCAGGGCCAGACCAGCCCCAUGUGCUGCUCCUACCCAGGGUACCUCAGCUUCCCCAAGCACCGUGUCAUAGCCUUUAAACCGGACGGCAAGUGUGUUCUGGAGGGAGACGACGGCAGGCACACGGUGCUACAGGUCUCUAUGGCGCUUGUUCUCAUCGGUUCACAUCCGAACCUGUCGUUUCUCCCCAACAACGCACACUCGCUGGGGCUGGAGCCAGACCAGCCAAUCAGCUGCCGGCGCAACCCACUGGACGUGGACCCCUACACAUAUGAGUCUGUGCAGGAGGCAGGGCUGUACGCCAUGGGCCCACUUGUGGGGGAGAACUUUGUGCGUUUCCUGAAGGGUGGAGCUCUGGCGAUUACCAGUGACCUGACCCGGAAACGGAGAGCUGCGACAGAACAGAGCAGUCCGGAAAAUUCCAACUACAGCCUGAACUGGGAUCUGGCCAACUGCACUCUGGGCUCUUAAGAGAUGAACACAGGGAGACAGAUAUGCAGGACAGGGAAAGACCUGGUCUCAUGACUGGAACACUGAACACUGUCGUGAUGUGAUCAGGGUGGAUAGAGAGUUCUGGAAUGGCCAGUACCUGUCUGUAUAUUAUAACUAGCUCUGCCCCCCUUACAGGUAGACAACGGCAGUCAGUACACUCACUGUGAGAGGAGUGCCUACUCAGACAGCAGAGAGAGAGAGAGAGAGAGAGAGAGAGAGAGGGGAAAAAACCGUGAGAAAAAGCUGAGGAGAAGAGGAAAGUAGAGCAGGGUUAGGGGGUCAUGCUACAAAAGGCAGCACUUGCACUGACAUGGAUUCAGUUGGCUCAUUUUAUAUAGGUCCAGCCUCUCUGUGUGAAUUCACCGUAAUCAGUCUCACUGUCUGGUUUUCAGGGAUUAUUUUUUUUAUAAAGUGUAAAUACAAACACUACUCAAAGUUCCUAUGGUGCAUUUUCUGGGGUGCCAGAAUACUACAUUUACAUUAAUCGUUCCAUGAUUUUAGUAAUAUCUGUUUUUGUAGAGGAUCUUUUCUCAUGGCAAUAACUAUUCAUAUCAUUGUAAUUUUUUACCAUUUAAAACAGUCAACUCUGUCAAGCAAAUUAGUUCUAUAUCAUUCCUGGUACUAACACUAACCCCCCCCCCCCCCUUGUUUUUAAUUUAUGCAGGUAGUCUGGCCUGUUGUAUUAAUAUUGUACAGACAUUUGAACAAAGUCUGAUAAAUUGAAUGAUAUCUGUAUAUAAGUGUUUUGGAAUGCAUUUCACUGAGAUUUUUGUAAAUGUUUAAGUGGUGUAAACCAUCAUGUUUUUGAGAGGGACAAUGUCAUGCAAAUUACCAUUUGUAUUUUUCUUCUUUUUUUUUAAUCUGAGAUUUUUUUCAGUUAAUACUUACAGAGUUACCUUUGUCUGCCAUACAGUGCCUUAACCAGUAACACAUAUAGCAGUGUGUUUGUUCAAACUAUAUCUUGACUGUAUUCUACAAACUAUACCCAGAGAUAAAGAAUGAGAUGGUAGCUCCAGUUUGAACUAAUAACUAAUGAAAAUGUAAACUGCAGACAUUGUCCCACACUCAUGCUGCUAGUCCUAUGUAUUACAUAUGAAUGUUUGUGUAAGACCUAAUAAUGACCAGCAGGGGGCCCUCACGCACACAGUGAUGUUAUGAGUGAGGUUACGAAGUGACCAUUACAUCAGCCUGGGUGGCCCCUUGUGUAACCACUAUAUUUGACAUUUAAAUGACCCAUGUUCAUAACUCAAGCAGAACUUAUGGCCUUUAUGAAAGCACUGUGUAUGUCAAAAGAAUAUCUGGUCCAAAUUUAAUGCUGCCAUAGACCAUUAUUAGCAGUUUAAUGACUCAGUACGCAGUUGACCAGAUGAGCUGAUCCAGCUGAGUAUUUUUGUCAAUCAUUUUGAUUUUUCCAGUAAAAAUAAACUGCUCGGACAUUUCUUGCAAUAUCAUGUUUGCACACGGUGGUCUUUGCACUACAUGUGCUAGUUAAUUUGACACAAGUACUAACAAUCUGAACAUGCUAAAUAAGAACAUCCCAAUUCAAAACAAUGCAACUUCAGUUAACCCAAAGCUGUUCAUAUUUCUCAAUUUAACGGCAGCUGUCAGCUAUCAGAAUCUCUUCUUUGUUGUA